AGCAGCAGGACAGGGUGUUGCUGCUGGGCUUUGGCCAGGAGAGUCGGAGGAGCCAAACAGUUUGAAUCACAUCACAUCCGAUCCGACAAAGUGUAAAUAUGUUUGACAACUCCAACUACCCUUUCAACUGUUUCAACUAUGAUGGAGACGGAUACCCUUCAUCCAGCACGGACGAGGAGAAGAAAAUGUGCAGACCCGCAUACAGUUACAUAGCUCUGAUAGCCAUGGCCAUCCAGCAGAGCCCCGAGCAGCGGGUCACUCUGUCGGGCAUCUACGAGUUCAUCAUGAAGAGAUUUCCUUACUACCGCUCCAACCAGAGAGCCUGGCAGAACUCCAUCAGACACAACCUGUCUCUCAACAGCUGCUUCAUCAAGGUUCCUCGGACAGAGGGCAACGAGAAGGGAAAGGGUAACUACUGGACUUUUGCCACUGGCUGUGAAUCCAUGCUCGACCUCUUUGAAAAUGGCAACUUUCGGCGUCGCCGGCGCAGGAGGAACAUGAAAAUCGGCUUCCGUGAUUCAGGAGAACCCCCUUUCCACCCUCUGGAGAGCCACAGCAAUCAGCACGUACCCGCAGCCCGGCGCCCUGAACCCGACUCCACCCUCUGCCCUUUGAACCCUGAGAGGCCGAGGCCGGGCCCCCAGCAGAACCACCUCAUCCCGAACCCUACCCAGCAGGGGAAACCAGAGUCAGAGAUCAAGUUUAGCAUUGACUACAUCCUAUCCACCCCUGAUCCACCCUUGCCUGGGUUCAGAUCCCCCCACGGCCCUGUUCACAUAGGGCCCACAGGGCCGCCCAUACAUGUUCUGGAGCCCCAACAUCUGAACCUGCACUUCUGGACUCUGUAAGAGAGGAAACAGAGACUGAACUUCUUCUUUCAUUAUCAUCUGUGUCCAAAACUGGGAAGUACUGUAAGGACAUCCAAAGACUGAAAGGAAACUCCACAAGAGGAAUUUUACUGACUUGAAAAUGUAAAGAGGAGCAAAGUAUAAAGGUACAGUAUUGUGUGAUGAUGGAUUCUACAUGGAAAGAUGUCACGUAAAGAAAGCAUCACGCCGACUGAGAGUUCAUCCAAAAGAUAAAAUGUGAACAAUACAAAGCAGUAUUCAUAUUGUCAUUAUACUGUAUGUGCAGUGUCCAGUGCUGACAUAGACUAGUUUACAGUAUUCUCUAUAUGUAUAUACACAGCACAGAUAUGAUGUGUCUAAAAUCAGAGCGGGUAAAUCAGCUCCAAUUCAUGGAUUUACUGGAUUAUCCUCAGAUCACAAGUUAGACGAAUUUCUUUGUUUAGAGAGAAUCUUAUGGUUUUUCUGUCAUUCAUUUAU